AUGAACGUGCUCCAAAAAUUCAUCGACGAAACAUUUGACAUGAGGACCGGUCUCGGAGAGAUGAAAGUGGCAGAGGCAAUCUUUUUACAAGCAGUCGAUUUUGCUUCUCAGACGUUUGCCCACUCUUCUUACAAAAACGAUAGAAUUUCAUUGAAAAAAAUAAUGUCUCUUGCGUACAAAGGCCAGAAUAUUAUCAAAAUGUGUGUUCAUUUGCCGAGAAACAGCAAUGCGGGGAAAUACGCCUACGAUCUCAGUCAGGUUGCUCAUGAAAUUGACAUUCUUGUCUUCUCGCUGGACGACGCAAAAGACAGAAACUUCAUGUCUGGUUAUCCCCGCAGAACUACUCUCACUAGGCUGUGCCCUGAAGAUUACGAAAUGAAAGAAGGAAUCGCAGUACUGAACGAUGAAGUAGUCAGUGCUAUUAAUAAUCCAAGUGUGGUGCAACUUCUCGAACACGACAUCUCAUUGCUCACUCUUUUUGGAACGUCCGAAUGCAGACUCAACAAACAGAUAAAAAGCUUGGCAUAUGCGCUCGAUGAGACAAAAAACCGUCUAACCGAUAAACUGGAAAAAGAAUUGACCGAAUGGAACAGCCUCGCUUAUGAUGCAAAGGAAGUCCGACUCCGUGCCAUUAAGCAAAUAGAUUUUCACGAAAUCUUGAAAGCAGACGUUACUCUGAAGAGAUACACUCUCUACCUCACAACACAAAUCUCAGAACUCAUGACGACAGAAUAACACAAACCUUCAUUUAUCAACUGCCAUCUAUAUCUAUAUAUAAUAUGUAUCAAAUAUUAUUUCACUAAUUUAUGUACUUCAAUAAACAAUGAUAUUU